AUGCUGAAAAAAGGGACAUUUUUAUAUUUCUACGAAGAUUUGGAUGAAAAUAGUCAGAUUCCUCGACAUAUUUGGGCUAUUGAAAAUCAUGUGAUGCUGUGUAAAUGGGUCAAGUCUGGAAAUUUGGAAAAUCAAUAUCAGAUUACAAAUCGGGUUAGUUUAUUUUGAAAAAAAAGGGUUUUUUUGGAACCCGAAAACAUUGAGAUUUUUUUUCAGUAUACAAUCUGGAAAAGUUCGGAUUUGGAGCGAUAUCGAAUUCUUGACAUUUCUCCGGAAUCUUAUGAACAAGCUGGUUUGACUGGGGUGAGUUCUGAAAUAAAACUGGAAGCUGAAACUCAAUAAUCAAUAAUUUCAGCUUGUCACAAUUGGAAAUGUUCGGUGA